GUUAAAAUAAAACUCGCUUGAUGCCACGGCUGCCAGCGCGUCCCGCAUUAUGAGAACUACUUUACUUAACGCUGCAACGCCUGCAUGAGAUUGUGCGGCAGUGUGGCAGACUCCCAGUGACUUGAUGAAUGUGUGCGUCAAACUCUCACUCAGGAACGCUUGUGUCGCCGCCGCGCUGUACGUGGCGGUCGUGCAGAUGCGCAGCUUUCUUAGCGCUGGUCUAGAUGAUCGCCCAUCACAGAGAGGAGCCGCGCCGCUACAUGAUGCAUCUUGUCGUGCGCUCUUCACCGUCACGGACGUUCCCCAUCGUUACGCACCCAACGCCAGCCUCUUCGUACACAACCGUUAUGGAUAUGUGGCUGCUAACAAUCUCAGUGUAGACUGCAGAGCUCGGCAUUACCCUGACACUUGUGGCGGUAAAGACGUGGCCGGGGCAAUACAGCAGCUGCUCCUUAAGAGAGAUUCCCCGUCUGGAGCGGCCACGACCGACUACUCCCCACUUGCGGCCGUCCUUCCCUCUGUGUUGGCCUUCCAGGAAGAGGGCGAAGCCAGCUCCCCGACAGUCACCGCCACCACCAGGAUCGGCGCCGCCGGCGGUCUGCUGCCCUAUGUGCCAUGUGAAAUAGCAACGUAUGCUGACCCAGCCUCGGUUGCCGCCUGCUUCAGGGCAAGACUGGCUCACCAGGACACUCUUUGGAUCUUCUUCAUGGGAGACUCAAAAAUCAGAAACCUAUUUUAUGAGUUUCUUUAUAGAAGUGAAGAAGAACUCCAAUAUCACAUUAAAUUUCAGAAAGGUAGCGCGCCCUUCACUACACUGGACAGGAAGCACAUGAAGCUGGAUAUGGAGGCAGUCAGCGCCAAGCUGCCUGGGAUGCGCAUCUCCUUGGAGUUUAGGACAUUCAGCAACUUGGCAUACCCGAGGACCAGCGUGGAGGUGGUUCAGCUGGCGCGGUGGGCGGCAGGACAGGAGACGCCUCCGCACUUGCUGGUAGUGGGUUACGAGUGUUGGACUAUCUUGAAGAGUGACGCUCGGGAGUUUCAUGACGUGCUUGGCAAUCUGAUGGAUAUGCACGAGGUGGUGGUGCCUUUGCUGUAUCAGUUAAGCCAAAAGACGCGGGUGGUCGUGACCUCCCAGAACAGAUACAAGCAAUAUGCUGCACAGGAUGAGCAAGUUGUGCGUCGAGGAUAUUUUGCUGACAACAUCCACGAAUGGAGCGAGACGGUGUUCCUACAUUAUCUACGACGCCUCUCGUUUCGCCAUCCACAGCCCCCAACGUCUGAUACUACGUCCGACGCUCUAACGGAACCUCCUGCACGGGUCACGAUAGCUCCAGCACGUAAUUCACAGUCGCGGGACCACCUCAUUCCUACAGUGGAGGACAGCGGAGUGUGGUGGUGGGACACAAGUUUGCCGGUGAGCUUGGCGGAGAACGCUGAAUGUGAACAACUGUACUUCCGCGGUCUGAGGCGCCAUCCCAUGUACAAAAGCCUCUUCCACAGGUGUAUGGACGACAACCACGCAGGCAUCGUCACCCUUGCGGACCAGGUCACCAUGCUGCUCAAUCUGGUUUGCAAUUCCAUGCUGGGGGCACGUGAGGGGGUGUGCUGUGGCUGACGGGAGGAGGCAACAGCGAUGCCGAGAUUAUUUGUUCGAGGUGAUAGAUUUUGAGUUCUUAGGUUCUUGUUAAUGUUUUCUGUACUUCCAGUUGGUGUUUGUAUCUCGCGUCAUGAAGUGACCUGAUGACACAAUAUAGUCUUUACUUUGAUUACGUAUUACCUAUGUGAAUAUAUUUCAAAUAAUAUAAAAAGAGACCGAAGUUAAAUACAAAAAGGGAAACCGAGAGAGAGAGAGAGAGAGAGAGAGAGAGAGAGAGAGAGAGAGAGAGAGAUAGCAUAGGAUAAGAGAUGUCUCUUGACAAGGUCAAGGCAGGGAGAAUAACAGCACGCACAGAAGUCAGUCAACAUCAGAAGCAUCGCAUAA